AUGCUGGCACAAACAUUCAAAAAACCACACAGAGCCGUUCUAGAACAGGUAUCUGGGACCACGGUCUUCAUCAGAAAUAAGAGAACAAAGAGCAAGAGCUCACUGUCACCUUUGGCACAAAGGGUCGUCACGCAGUUGAGUGUGAUGUCUGCAAGCAGAAAGCAGCCCAAGUUGCUGAAGCUGGCGCGUGAAGACCUGAUUAAACAUCAGACCAUUGAGAAGUGUUGGUCAAUUUAUCAGCAGCAACAACGGGAGCGCAGAAAUUUACAGUUGGAAUUACAAUAUAAGAGCAUUGAGAGAUCUAUGAACCUUCUACAAGAACUCAGCCCUCGUCUGUUUGAGGCUGCCAAUGCUUCCGAGAAGGGCAAGCGAUUCCCGAUGGAAAUGAAGGUGCCCACUGACUUCCCCCCAAAUACGUUAUGGCAUUAUAACUUCCGAAAAUGA